AUGAAGCUACUCACCCUAAACUUCCUGACCUGCGCGCGCAAGGCCUGCAAGUCUAGCCCGGCCGCAUUCCCCCUCCACCCGCGCGACGCCGAGCUCGAAGUCGUCGAGACCGAUCUUAAUCCACCCUUCAUCCGCAACAUCCUACCACGCUUGGAGUGGGACGCCCUACGAACCCUUGCCUCGGAGCUCGGUCUCCCCAGCCUCCCCGAGAGGGCGCCUGAGCCCGAAGCACUCGGCAUUGCGACAGCAGACGCGGCUGAAGGAGUGGAGGGGCCGAAUCAGAUGCUAAAGGACCUGCAUAACCUGCUUCUCGAGACCACGAUAGCGUCCGGCAAGCUGGUGUGCGCAAAUUGCGAACACGAGUACGCCGUCAAGGAGGGCAUUGCCAACUUCUUGCUCCCCAGCCACCUGGUUUGA